ACAGCAAUCCUUCUUUGAUACAGGAUGGAGGACACAUACAAAGAUAGGACUUCACUAGUGAAAGGGGCCAAAGACAUUGCUAAAGAGGUGAAGAGGCAAGCAGUGAAAAAAGUGAACAAAGCUGUCGACAAAGCCCAGGAUGGCUACACACAGAGGUCCUACAAUCGAUUCCAGGAUGAGGAAGAUGAUGAUGAUUACUAUGGCUCAGCAGGAAAUUAUGGUGCAGAAGCUAAUGAUGAUGAAGGAUCAAGUGAAGCAACUGAAGGACAUGAUGAAGAUGAUGAAAUUUAUGAAGGGGAGUAUCAGGGAAUCCCCAACAUGGGGCAGGGUAAGGAAGACAUGGCCUUAGGUCAGUCUAUGCGUGAUGAAUACAAGGAUCGUCAUGAACUGGAAACAGAGAGAAAAGCUGAUGAAGAAGAGCUAGCACAGCAAUAUGAAUUGAUAAUACAAGAGUGUGGCCAUGGUCGUUUCCAGUGGGCCCUCUUCUUUGUGUUGGGAAUGGCCCUAAUGGCUGAUGGAGUUGAAGUUUUUGUGGUUGGAUUUGUGUUGCCCAGCGCUGAAACAGAUAUGUGUAUACCCAAUUCUGGAUCAGGGUGGCUUGGUAGCAUAGUGUACCUUGGAAUGAUGGUGGGGGCAUUCUUCUGGGGAGGCUUGGCAGACAAGGUGGGAAGGAGACAAUCACUCCUGAUAUGCAUGUCUGUCAAUGGAUUCUUUGCCUUCCUUUCAUCGUUUGUCCAGGGCUAUGGUUUCUUCCUCUUCUGUCGCUUGUUUUCUGGAUUUGGGAUCGGUGGAGCUGUGCCAACAGUCUUCUCCUAUUUUUCGGAAGUGCUUGCUCGAGAGAAACGAGGUGAACACCUGAGCUGGCUCUGUAUGUUUUGGAUGAUUGGUGGCAUCUAUGCUUCUGCAAUGGCUUGGGCAAUAAUUCCUCAUUAUGGAUGGAGUUUCAGCAUGGGCUCUGCCUACCAGUUCCACAGCUGGCGAGUAUUUGUGAUUGUCUGUGCAUUGCCCUGUGUCUCUUCUGUGGUUGCCCUCACCUUUAUGCCGGAAAGCCCACGGUUCCUGCUGGAGGUCGGAAAACAUGAUGAAGCUUGGAUGAUACUCAAGCAAAUUCAUGACACAAACAUGCGUGCUCGUGGUCAGCCUGAGAAAGUCUUCACUGUUACCAGAAUCAAAACACCAAAGCAGAUAGAUGAGCUCAUAGAAAUAGAGAGUGAUACUGGAACUUGGUAUAGGAGGUGUUUUGUAAGAAUCCGUACAGAGCUGUAUGGUAUUUGGUUGACGUUUAUGAGAUGCUUCAACUACCCAGUGAAGGAUAAUACAAUCAAACUUACAGCUGUAUGGUUCACCCUAUCUUUUGGCUACUACGGCUUAUCUGUCUGGUUUCCUGAUGUCAUUAAACAUCUACAGUCAGAUGAGUAUGCAUCCCGAGUGAAACAUUUCCGCAAUGAGGAGGUCUCACAUUUCGUCUUCAACUUCACACUGGAAAAUCAGAUUCACAGCAAUGGAGAAUACAUCAAUGACAGGUUUGUUAUGAUGAAGUUUAAAUCAGUAACCUUUGAAGAUUCACUCUUUAAGAACUGUGUGUUUGAAGACAUUACUUCACUGAACACAUACUUCAGGAACUGCACUUUUGUGAAUACCACCUUCUAUAACACAGAUCUCGAGCAGUAUAAAUUUGUUGACAGUGAAUUGAUAAAUUGCACAUUUUUUCACAUCAGGACAGGAUGCCAGAUUUCUUUUGAUGAUGACUACAGUGCCUACUGGAUCUACUUCGUUAAUUUCCUGGGAACUUUGGCAGUGUUACCUGGGAAUAUUGUGUCUGCUCUCCUGAUGGAUAGAAUAGGACGAUUAACAAUGCUAGGUGGUUCCAUGGUUCUUUCUGGCAUCAGCUGUUUUUUCCUGUGGUUUGGGACCAGUGAAUCCAUGAUGAUAGGAAUGCUGUGCCUCUACAAUGGCCUCACCAUCUCAGCAUGGAACUCUCUUGAUGUCAUUACUGUGGAGCUGUAUCCUACAGACAGAAGGGCAACAGGCUUUGGCUUUUUGAAUGCACUAUGCAAAGCUGCAGCUGUACUCGGAAACCUUAUAUUUGGUUCCCUUGUUGGUAUCACCAAAGCAAUCCCUAUUCUCCUUGCUUCUACUGUUCUAGUAUGUGGAGGUCUGGUAGGACUUCGGCUUCCUGAUACAAGAACACARGUGUUGAUGUAACUGGAAAAAAACAUUUACUAUUUAUUUCCUUCUUUGUACAAAUGUCAACUCUCCUGACUGAUGGUGCAAAGGCUUCAGAUUCUCAACACACAGUAGAGUGCUCAAAUGUCAGAAAUCAAACUCAACAAAUACUUUGGACUAGCAGAGAUUUAAAAACUUCUGUAUGAAAGUUUUAAAUUUCACUUUUGUUUGCUUGCAUACCUUGCUAUUCAAACCCAUUUCACUUCAAACUGCAAAGCUACCUCUUAAAACAGUUUGGAUGACACAUCCAGGAAAGUAAAAAACUAUACUGAUUAUUAGAUAUUUAAAAUGCAAGCAGUCAUAUUAUUUCAAAAACACAUACUAAAUUUGGCUGUGGCAUUGUGAGCUUUUGUAACAGUACAGAUAUGUAAGUCAAUUACAUAGCAGUAUUGGUGCAGGGAAUUCAGAAUGUAUUAAUUAUCAAUGCAUGCAGCAUUUAUCAGGAAACUCUACAGAUUGUAUCAGUACUGAGAACAGUACAGACCUUCUGCAGCUGUGCUUAGCUGGCAAAAACGCAUGGCAAUGAAUCUUUCUUGGGAAACAUUUUUAAGCAAUUUAAAAGUAAAGAUAACCAACUACACCCAUACUGACUAAGGAGAAGGCAACAGCUACUGCAGGGAAUUUAAGUCUAUAUGGGUAUGCACCAGAGAGAAUAACAAAAUUAACUUUUUCACUGUUUGCUGCUGAUCCUCCAGAAAAGUUUUGUUUUAUUCUCACUUGUGGCAUCUGGAAUAUUUUUUCCAUUUAAAACAGUGAAUUUGACUAAUUCCAGGAGUGAGUGAAUGCAAAUAGUUUUGCUCUUGUAAGUAUGAAUAAAAGAAGAAUCAGGCCCUUGUACUGUAUGAUAAGUAAGAUACUUUSAGAGGUUUAUUCAAUGUGUAAAACAUCUUGAUUUUUUUCAUAGUUUAUACUACUUAAUAGAAGCAUUUUCUCGGCUAAUUUUUGAUAGUUCCAGGGAUGUCUGACCACUUAAUAUUUUCAAAUGUCUCUUUGAAAGGCCAUUAAGAAAUAAGCCAUGGCAAGGCUGGAGAGAAUGGUAACRUUUUUAUUAGACCAAGUGCAUAGAUGGACAGCAGAUGGUAAUAAAUAAAUUCCUUCUAUGUUCUGGACUGUUCUGAUUACUGUUAAGUAGUCCAUCAGUUGUAAUGCCAUGCAAGAGGUUACAGGAUUUCUUUAAAAUACUAGCAUUACAGAUAUAAUACAGAUAKAUUUAUGAAAUUAUCAAAAAAGGUAAGAUCUUCUGAUGACAAAAACUGGCCUUGCUUUCAGUGGAGAUAAGACUGAUCCAUCAACUUGGAUCAGCUGAUGAACUAUCUGCAGUUUCAAGCGCCAAAAAAACAAAUUUGCUGUGAAUCAUAUGGAAAAAUGAUUCAGUUUUUUUUUUUCUAAUCAUGUCUGAUACCAUUUAUUAGGUAGAUGAAUCAUUGCCAAGGAACCAAGCUUCCAGAUAAGGUCAUCGUAUUGUAAGCUAGAGUUUUUUUCAUUGAUUUUUCUCUUGCUCUUAGAUGUGAACUUAGAUUUGGGUAGUAAUAUCUGGCACUGCAUUCUUUAUCAGUCAUCAUCUUUGUCAUACUAAGAGAAUCAGUACAAGUCUACAUAAGAAGAUCAUUCAAUAUGUUUAUAGUUUACUGUUUAACUGACUGAUUCUAGAAGUGACAUUUUCAGUUACUAACAAAUGCCUCUGUUACGCAUUGUAGCACAAAAAAUGUUAGCCCAAGAUGUUGUUUUCUGCCRUGAAAUGAGAAAAGUGACAGAAUUAAAAAAAACAUGAGUAUGGAAAACUAGGGGGCAUUAUUUUAAUGUUGAUAAUUUAAAUAUGCUAUAGUAAGGGAAAAAAGUUUAGGAAGGGUGUUUAUUUUGGAAUAUUUAAGGACAAGAUAUUUGAGAUUAAAUAUUUAAUGUUUGAAUCUGGCUUAGACAUGCCUUUUAAAUUUCUAAACUAUGYUAAUAAAUGAGGAAGAAUUAUUUUUCACCAAGUUGUAGGUUAAGAACAAAAUUYUGGCCUUCGUUUUGCAUCUGUGACUUUGGUCUAAUAGUCAUAACCUUAAAAUUAUUUCAAGGCUGUUUUCUACAAUGAGAAUUGUAUUUGAGCCCUAUUUCUCUGUGCCAUUCAUUAGUAGCACAUGUUGAACUCCUUGUACGUACUGCACAAGUUAUUUUGAAAUCUGAAGCCUCUGUACAUAUUUAGAGUAAACAUCAACAACAAUGGUAAAAUAUUGCUUUGUGUCGCUAUGCACUGUCCUCUUGCAGCAGUAURUUCUGUCCAUCUCUGCAUGUAAUUCCCAAAAACAUUCAGAUACAGCAUUUCAUACCAUCUGACCAGCUUGAAGGAAAUGGGUCACAGAAAAAUAAGAUUCAGCUAUGAUUCAUGUUUAACACUCUGRAAUUUCAUUACAUAAAAUUAUGUUGAUUUCAAUAUUGGUGUUAUUGUAAAUCCUGACUAUGUCAUAYGUAUGUGAUUAAGUCUGGAUGAAAUGGAAUAUAGCAAAACAGAUCUAGUAGAGAUUUUUAAAAAUGGGACUACAGGGACUGGGUCCAGAAUUAAAAUGUUCUAAGAUAGAAAAAAGAAAAAACAAUAAUAGGUAGGAACUGGGAAAAUAAGUAAAUGAAAGAAAUGAAAAACAAACAAGAAUAAUCCCAACAUAUGAAAUAAAACCUAAAGUUAGAAUUUCCCUGGGUGGUAAGCUGGUUGAUUCAACAGAUUUGAGCUAGUKUGCAAGCCAGCAUCAAAGUUGUUUGAAUAAUCAAUAGUUUUUGCUUGAGCUCAGUAAAGAUUUAUCUCAUAYAGAAAAAAAGUGAAUGCAAUUUCAUGCUAUAAAUAACUUGGAGAGAUAGGUGAAAUCCACAGACUGAACAGGAAUCUGUGGAGAUCUGGACACAAAUGUUACUCACAUUAUAAGCAACAGUAAUUUGGUCUUUAGCAAAACUGUCAUUUUUUGYAACCUCCAAAGCAAUCACAGGUAAUAAAUAUUGGACGGUAGGAACUGCACUUCCUUUACAUGUCUAUUCAUUUAUAUGUUGUACAAAGAAUCACUUAGUGGCCUGGUUAGAUUCCUAAUACACCAGAGGGAAGAAAAUUUGAUAGCAUUUGUGUAUUACAGCUAUUAAACAUAUGAAACCAAAACUACUUAUUUGUCUAUUUUGGUCACAGAAUUGAYUGACUGCUAGCUAGAAAUUCCUGUCAGUCUAAACUGAAGUAGGAUAUUACAUCUAGGAAUUUCUUGGGCAGCUGAAAAGCUCAUCCCAACAGUAGCAAUUACAAAAAGUACAAUGGCCCCUGAAAACACAGAAGACUCACAGCAUUUAGAAUGCUGUUAAUCAUGAUGGUCAACCAUUUCAAAAUUUGGAAACUUUCCACAAAAGACACCACAUGUUUUAGGUUUUUUGCAAGGAAAUUUUAUUUKAAUUAGUUUUACUCUUUAUAGAUUGUCAAAUAGUCGAGCUUGACUUAGCCUACUAUAAUAUUUAUAAUUUUAGUACAUUUUAGUCAGAUUGGCUAUAUUCAUGCUAGCACCCUGUUGCUUGGAAGCAUGCAGUACAACAUUUGGCAGCCAUUGCAUUGGUUGUGGAGUACAGGCUCCUAGCAAGGGAACUAGGAAUGUUCAUGGUGGAGUUCUGAACACCUGAUAAUGAAUGACAUACUGGGAAGCCUUUUUACUCUGUGCUUGAUUUUUACCAGUUCCCUUACAGAGUUGUAUACUACAAAAGUUGGGCACUGGUGAAAAAGAGUCAGCCCUCCUUCCUGAUGGCUCCAGUAGUCUACUCCUCCUUUAUCAUCUAGGGAAUAUGGAUCAAAGUUAAGAUUGCCAGCUUAAGCUCUGCUUGCUUUCUCUUCCUGCCAAUCCAUUAUUCCAUCACAAAUUACUUUUCUUACUACAGGACAAAACUUUAAGGAAGUCAAAACUCCAAGACUCUCUCAGCUGCUUCUGAUUUUCUACCAACAUUCAGUAAGAAGUUUUGUUACAUAUUUUUUGCAAUUUGGCUAUAACUUUUUUUAACAAUUAAGAAAGCAACCUCAGAAGUGGUUCUGUUAAUCGUACUGUUUGAGAAAGCCAGACUCCACAUUUUCCUACAUAUCCAGAAGGCUGACCUAAAAAAAGGAGAGGUCWCCUCUCAGAAUGGUCCCUGUUGACCUCCUGAUGUGAGUACAGGUAUCAGGGAAUUUUCUUGUCUGUGAAUCUAGCUCAGCUGCAUUUGGGGGAAAUUAUUUUCUGUAUUUUUUCUUUUUUCUACCAAUGUGGGGCCUUAUCUCUGCGUAACUGCUCUUCAGUCAUAACUGCUGAUACCAACUCUUAGCAAAGUAAUAUAGUUCUCAGUCCCUCAUAUGGACAGCCUCUGUGUGCUAGGCUUUAGCUCUCUUCCCCAUUCUGAGUUUUAAAUUUAUCUUCAUUAGUCAGAGAAAGAUGUUUACAUCCAGUUACACYUCUUUACCUAAACAAGAUAUCACACUAAUACAACCUACAAGCCAUGUUUCCUGUUUAAUAACCUGGAAAUGCAAUUGAAAUUUCAAUCACAAUGUUAAAAAAUGAAUCUUUGCACUCAGGGGGUCAAAGACACAAGAAGUGAAAAAAGAAAUACUCCACUUCCUCUGGUGUUUUGAAAGAAAACAUAUGUUCAGUAAUCAUAUUCCAGAAGAAMCAUCUGAGAGACUGCUAUUCUGUAUUUCCUGCCUUCUUCUUCAUUAAACUUAUUGUAAAAUAUUAGGUAUUUGCCUGCAUUAGUACUUACAAAUGCUGCUAAUCAAGGAAACACAACAUGAAAAUACAGAUUUUUACUUGUACUUUAAAGGUAAGACAGGGAUCAGACAAUGUUAUGAAAUGAGAAGAAACAUGUUAGCCAGGAAACCUGGAGCAUAGUUCAAAACCUGAAUUAAAUGGAAAGCAGGAAUUURUAAUGCUACUUGCAGAUCUUCCUUACCUUCAUUUAACCUCACACAAUGAGGACACAACUAGUCUACAUGCUGAUACUGCCCUCAUUUGUCUUCUUCUAAUAAUUUCAACAAGUGCUGCAAAAUGUAUUUGGAGUCACUAUCACUAGCUGAAUUUUUAUUUUGGUUGCGGAGAUAAAUUGCCUAUUUCUUCCUGCAGAGGAAGAAUCCUUCAACAUUUAAUCCCACUCCAGAUGUAUAAGAUUUUUAUAGAACUUCAUCCACUUUCAAGACCUAGUUUUGAACACAGUGUCUUAGCAUGUCAAAAGCUGAAAAAAGACAAAUUGGGUCUGAUUGAUUUGCUUCUCUUAUUAAAUAUUUUGUUGAAUUAUCUACAACAAUGCUGGCCUGUAAGGUGGAGUUCUGGGCCUUUGAUUACAUCCUGCGCAACUCAAAAUGAACAGAACAGUAAUUUUCAGCAGCCUCCUCCCAUAACAUACACACGAGUUAUAGUUAAUAGGACCAAAACACUUAGGGAAAAGUACAGUGCUUUCUAGGGUAAACAAUCUAUUCUCUUUGACAAAGGUCUAGAACAUAUUGCUCRCUCCAGACCAGUACACACUCCGAUAACCAAAGAUUGAAGAUUGCUUAACAACAGAAGUAUUUGGGUGAGGAUGACCUGACACAAAAGUAUUGUUCUUUCCACCCAGGGUAUUYAUGAAUAUACAUUUUAAUGCCAUAUAACCAGGAUGAUUUAUAGAGACUUUGCCCCUACUCUGGCCAUCAAUGUAUCUGAGUUGUAGCCAGACACAUCAGUCCACAAGUGAGAGAGAGAGUGAGAGAGAAAAAGAGCUGGCAGGCACUUUCAGCACUCUCUCCACAGCUAGUCACCUAAGCUCAUUUUGCUUGGAUCCUAAGGAUCUGGUUUUUUGCUCAGCUUUGUACUUUCUAAUUCUGAACAUCUACCACUUGCCAUUCAGUUUUCACCAGUAGACAUGACCAAGCAAGCUGAAACUGCUUAAUGCUAAAGAACAGCAUUCAUAGCUUGUUGCAAGCACAGUACUCUGCAAGAGUCCAGCCUCCUAUGUGUUUUUCCUGUUCCAUUUGUCGUCAAGAGCUAGGGUUGUCAGCUAGUGUUUCUCUUGUACAAUUAAUUCUGCAUGUAUUCUUACCUAYAAGACCUGCCUUCUAGCCUUUUAAUGUCUGGCUUGUAUGAGCAUAUGUAUGCCCAUCCCCCACUGGUUAUGUAAUAAAAAUAAUUUGUGAGUCUUACAUAAUUUUGUCUUACCCAUUUAAAAGAUGAUUCUUCAAAAGAAGAGGGUUGGUAAAAAUAAUGAAAGGGAAUUAAAUUAAAUGCAAAUGAUGAAGAGUAAUAAUUCAAGAUAYAGGCUUGGAUUACUUUUAUUUUUUCAGAUGUUUUCUUCAAAUCCUAGCCUGAAGCUAUAUAAUUGUACAUCGUAAAGAAAUAUUACACAGUUAGAAGUGAGCACAUAUGCAGACAUGUGGGUGAGUAUGCAUAUAUGUACACACCUCUCUAUAACACAGGUGGAUGUUAAACUUACAAAACCAUGUUCUUACCUCGUGUUACUGAAGAAAGUGUUACUUUCUUCAUUGUGCAUUAUGCUCUGAUUCAUCGUGCUCCAUUCCUCGUGCAGAAGCCUUUACUUAUUCAUGUGCAAAAUUGCUGGGAUGCCAAGAGUCAUCUCAGCUGGCCAUUAGCUUUCAGUCAUUGGAAGGAGAUUACUAAAAUGGUCUGAAAAAUGAGCUUUGACUUAGCUGUUGCCUUCCCCUGCCUGCCCAACCGACCCUCCUGUCCCAUCACACUGUGCCAAACAGCAAAACAGCACAUCAUGCAAAGGUACUGUUUUUCCAGUGACUAGGAGACACAGCACUCGCAGAUUCAUAAACUCCUAAAAGCUAUGAAUUUUGUCUUAUUCAACCAAAAGGCCUUCAAAAUGGUCCAUGGGGAUAUCAACAUGCUAACUUCUGUGUAAUGUAUGAGAAAAUGUUUGUGAUUUUCUGURUUGUAUGUUUUUCAUUGUUUCUGCAUAUAUGGCUACUGUUGUGAUGUGGUUAAAGAAUUAUUUGCUACWGUUCUUAUCAGCAAUUUUUGACCAGCUUGAAACAGAGCCAUUGCCAGGGUGUUUUUCAAUUAAUGAUUAACACCCAUGAAGAUCUUCUAUAGUAGUUAGUGCCAUAUAAAGUCAUGGAUACUAUAAAUCAAGUGAAUUUAGGGUGAAAAUAUCAACAUAUACACAGAGACGGUAGAAAGAGCUCUUUCAAAAGCUCUGGCAUCUGCUACAUUUCUUCUUUGUGCUUUGCAGGAUGUUCACUCUUUGCAGUAUGCUUCCUCUGGUAGGGGACAUGCACUCAUGCUACAGAAGUAAGAAAGCAGAAGGGCGUAUUCCUUCCACAGGAAGGAAUGUAUAUUUGCUAUAGGAAAGCCGGCUCUAUAAUAAGAUUAAAAUAAACAAACCAACCAACCCAAGCAGCUUGCUAUUCUUUUUUAUCCCCAUGUCUUCUAUGAGUUGAUAUACUAAAUACCAGUGCAUACCUACUCUUUGGGAGGAGGCUAAGAAAGGGUAGCAAGGCUUACACGAUAGUGGUUUUUUUCACACUCAUUGAGUGAGACCAUAGCAUAUAGUUUCUAAUUGYGAACAGGCAGUUUAAAUUUAAAAAUUGUGAUUCAGAUCUAUAGUAGCAGUAGAUAAUACUACCUUUUAUACGGAAAUGUGUAAGCAUAGAUUAAAAUCAAUACUUUGGAGGCAAAAGGAGAAAAUUCGAAGAGCUACUUAAAAAACACAACCUCCCAUCAUCUUUUUUGGACAAAUCUUUUGGCACUUCUGUUUCUUCCUGCCACCAAUCCAUCCUGAUACGGCAUCUGAUUUCAUUAGUGCCUUCAUUGAAUUUUCAUUUCAAUGAAAUGAAAGAUUUUAUUGACAUUUGCAACAAAAAUUGAGAGCAGGCAUSAAAUUAGCACUGUAGGAAAACUAGCUCAUUUAUGAACAUUAAAAAAAUAUACCAAGCUGCUAGUAUGUGCCUGCAUUUAUUUUUCUCCAAGUGGUUUAGGAUCCUACAAAGUGUUACAUGAAAGAAGUUUUGUGUGUGUAAAUUGAUCCCUGCUUAAAUCAGUGAAGCAAUUUUUUAAAAUCAGGAUCCCAGCUUUGUCUUUCRAAAAUAUUAAGCAUGUGACUGUGUAAUGUGAGCGAAGUGUCCUUUCAGCCCUUUUUAAAAUGAAUAAUUUUAGCCUGUCUGUUUCCUAUGAAUGUAAUAUUUCACAAACAUGAAAAGGAUUUUAGUAACAAUGAUGCAAGCCAACUGAAGCAACUGGCAGCUUAUUUUAACCAUUUUCUAUAGAGUAUUGUAUUAAAAAUCCCAAUUAAAAAAAAAUGCUGUAUUACUUUCAGUUGCGCAGCACGGUGACCACUAAAUUGUAUCUCAUAGUUGGCCUGAAAUAUAUGUAGGAAUACACAAUUAGAUAGCUUUUUAAGUGUGCAGCUUCCAUUGAAAUGUAAUGACAUAUGUGCAAAGGUAUUAAGUAUUAAGGAGGGACAGAAAGUAGAGCUCUUGGCCUUCACUGCAUCUUACUCGUAUAUUCAGUCAGGUUACUGAUUUCCUUAAAAACUUGUUAGCAUUAUCUAAUGCUAAACAACAGAAGAAAAACAUGUAUUCUUUCCUAGUUUUUUUGUGGUUAUUUUCUGUUCCCAGUUUCUACUUCUAAACUUCCACUCAAAUUUCCAACUGCUCUGAGCCAAUUGGGCACGCAAUUUUUCAAAUAGUGUUUGGUUUACAAACACACCAUGUUAGUAGUCAUAUGCUGUCAAGAAAAUCAUAACCAUUUCUAAGAAUCUCCAUUUCUCAAUGCAAGGUAACAUGUACAUAUUGUAUAUACGGGUAACAAGCUACUUAAAAGUUGAAUUGCCAUUUGAACAUGGGAAUUUGACUUCAGAUCUGCUAAUCUGCAUCAAGAUCUUGGCAAUGGUCCUGACCUCUCUGUUUCUUUCUUUCUUUCCUUUACUGCUGUGUGCGCCUGGAAAAAAAGGUUACUGUCAUCACUAUUGUAUAUAUGUGUUUGCAUGUGUGUGCCUUGAUAAAGUAUCUUUUGGAGUUCUGAAUUUUUCAUUUCAAGUCCAGCUGGUACAAUUGUGAACUCAUCUUUGCAGUAUCCUCCUCUGUGUCAAAUUGCCAGCUUCCAAAAUGUUUGACCAAGUGUUUUGAUUAAGUCCUCUGAGGAAAGCUGUCUGUAUAUUUGUGAAAGGGCAUGCUUUGUGUAGGAUGACUGUGUACAGUAUAAAUCUAUAAAAUGUGGAAGUGUUUAUAAAUUUAUCUGCAAAAUAUUUAUCAUCUGUGUAACAAAUGCAAAGUUAUUUAGUGUACAUCAGAUUAAUAAAUGGGGAUGAUUUUUUGCUCUGCUAUAUUAAAAUAAAGAUAUGUUCUCUGCAAUGAAUACAUACCAGGUGUGAUG